UGAUCAGUGCUUAGCGAAGUUUUCCACGUACACAAAAGCGCCCUCUUCCCGCGAAAGAAAUUUUGUUUUUCUAAGAAUUCCUGAUUGUUGAUAAGCCGUGCAUGGCUGUCGUCUCGUCCUGUCAUAGCAAAAGCAAUACAUACGAAGAGACCACAGCCGCAGAAAUCGACGGAUCGACCGUACAGGAGGGAAUGAAGUAUUCGUGGUCUGCUACUCGUCGGACCAAACACGAUAGUAUCUCUUCGGUUGAUAGCAAUUCUUCUUCUGAUUCACCCUUCUUAGACUCCCUAAACGAGAAAUCUUCAAAGAUGAACUCAACUAAAAAGCCAUGUGGUAAAAAGAGAGGCAGAAGACCCUCUAAAAUCGACUUGGAAGCAAAACUGGAGCGAAGUAGGCAAUCUGCCCGAGAGUGUCGCGCUCGAAAGAAGCUGCGAUACAAGAGCUUAGAAGAUAUGAUCGCUGACAAAGAAACUUAUGUGUAUAAACUUCGAGAAGAGCUCGAAAUGGUAAGGCAUUGUACAACCGAGUGAAUAGAGCACUGUUUGCCUUAAUCUCAUUUGUGAAGAUGGUUAAAGUUGUAACCUAAUAGUUUUUGUGAUCGUUCGAGAAAAUUUUUUCUUGAGAAAAACAAAACGCUCCUCGUCCUCGCUUUUUCUCUGGCAUAGCUGAUGAUACAAAAUGUUAUUUCUAGAUCAAACGAUGGAAUAGUUGUCAUCAACACAAAAGAAUCAUAAAUAUUGCUCAUUUGUCAAACACAUCAACCAUAAGCAAGUUAUACCACUUCUGAACUCUUUCAUAAACGAAGAUGCGAGAGCUUUCGAUAUUUGACAUGAAUCUGACCGUGGCUUCUUCCAAAAUUAUUUAUUUUUGUGAUACUGUUUUAAUUUUCAGUACCGAAGAUGGUGCAAAGCUGUCGAUAAGGGAGCAUAUCCUACCGAACUACUGGAAUUCUUAAAAGACAACGCCGAGGGCAGCAAUUGAAGUUGGCAGACCGUGAUGGGAUCCUAGUCUGACCGCUAAUUCAACGGAUCCAGGCCAACACUAAACGAAAUUCCUCAACUCCAUGGAAUUUCAACGGAUGUGGUCACAAUUCUCUGCCAUUAGAUGCUUUUGAUCCUUUAGGCUGCCUUCGUGAACUCAGGAAUUGUAAUCUUAAUUUCAAGGCUUUAUACGAUCAUUCAAGACCAACUUACAAUUAGUCCAUGUAAAGAGCCCUGACGUGAUGUUUAGCGGGCGCUGUCAAUAAGCUUAAGAUUGGCAUAAAUAUUUGAACUCUUUCUUAGAGUAAUUAUUGUACGUGUCCAGAUUAAUAUCCCCACACACCCACUAAAAGAUCAAAAAUUUUAAAAGGUAGAGAAAGGGGUCCCCAGGUAGGGGGUCAUACCUCUUUAUUAGGUUAAUUAUGAUGUACACAUCUAGAUAGACACCCUUGCUCACCCACUGAAAGAUUGAAAAUUUUAGAGGUGGAGAGAAGGGUCCCUAGGUAGGAAGUCAAAAGACUGCUGUAAUUUCUGGGGAGAGGAGAUUGCUGAAGAAUUCAAUACCUUAUCUGGCAGGGUAAUGCAUAAUUCCUGGGAAAAUACACAAAAAAUUACAUUUAGUGUGGCCACUACAGCUGUUAUUGCUUGAUCUUUUUGGGCCUUGAGUUUAAAUUUCUUUUCCACUAAAUAUGCUUGAUUCCAACCAAACAUUUUAAAGAAUAGGAGACAAAAAAAACUGGUUGUCUCUUAGGAGGUUUUGAUGAAUUUUCAACUGAUAUCAGAGCAGUGAAGGUAAAUGUUUCAGUAGUACUAAAAUACAUGGUGUUCACAGAUAAUAAAUUAAUACAAAAGAGAUCUAAGACACCACAAGUUUCAGUAGAAUGACUAGUUUUGAUGGGACUGAUAAUGUAGAAUGGGUUUCCCAAUUCCUUUUGCUAAGAUGCGUGGCUUUUUUCCCCUCAUAGUUAGCCUGAAUUGAAUCCAAAGGAACUCUUUCCAAAAUCAGAAGUUCUAAAUUACAUGUUAACAUUUUGUAAGCAGUGACACUAUCAAACACUGUCAAGUUGCCCUUUUUUUUCAAAUGAUAUUUAGGCAAAGAAUGUGUAAGAAGUGUUUAUUGAUUUAUUCCAUGUUUAUGGUAGCACAAUUUGUCUACAAAUUUCAUUAAAGCAGUGUAACUAUUCUAAAGUUUUUGAGAUAAUUUUAAGCUGUCUGAAAUUGAUUCUUAUUUCAAGUUUUCGAAAAAAACUCAGGAAAUUACAAGUGCAUAAUAUUUGUGGCUGGGAACAUCAGUUGUUGUUUUUUUCUCUAUAGCCAUUCGAAAUAAUAAUUUAAUGUAUAAAUUUGUAAUUCUUUUGAUUUCCAUUUUUGUUUCAAUAAAUUGCAAUAUUUACAAACAUAUCAACAUGUAAGUAUCAUACAUUCUAACCCUGUUGACCCCAGGCAAACUUGAC